GGGGGAGAUCAGUCCCGAACACCGCCUUCUGGUACUGCCGGAAUAACGGUGUCAGCCAUCUACUACUCCUGUUUAGUUCGCACUCUAUCUAUAUGACAGGCGUCAAAGCUACUUUUAUGCUUGAAUCCCUCAUCUGCCAGCUGCCAUAGCGGCCAUCCUACUGCCAUCUCCAAGAUGCUAGCCGCCAAGCGCAAGCCCCUAGACGCCGAUCUAUACCACGAUGACGAUGGCGAACAACCACCAGCCAAAAGAAACCAUAGCUUGGACUUCAACGCUCGCGCGCCGUGGCUUCAAAGCUCCAGACCAGAGCGAGAAUGGCGAACAAUGGGGAAUCGAGCGGUGCAGCCGUCAUUACCGUUGGCGAACAUGGUUACUGCUGUACAGGACCUGAUCGAUCCCGAAUUCGACCCUCUGAUAGCCAUCUUGGAUGAUGAACCGCGCUUUUUGAAACCCUUGCCCUCGCGGAUGGUGCCGGAGGACCUGGAGUUCUUGCGCAUUCGAGGCGCGCUUUCGAUACCGGAGAGUGGGUUGCGGAAUGAACUGUUGCGGUGCUAUAUCAAAUGGGUGCAUAGCUUCAUGCCGGUGUUGAAUCUUCAAAAGUUUCUGUUUUCUAUUGCUCAAAAUGAUCCAAACGGUAAUAUCAGUUUGUUGCUGUUUCAAGCUGUCAUGUUCGUGGCAACUGCCUUUAUCGACUUCAAGCAUCUCCACGAUGCUGGUUAUACAACAAGGAAAAGCGCGCGGAAUGCGUUCUAUACACGAUUAAGGUUACUAUAUUCCUUAGACUGCGAGGAAGAUCGCAUCGCGAUCAUCCAGACUCUCCUGCUCAUGACAUAUUGGUCAGACCACGCCAACCACCCCCGAAGAGAUAUCUGGGAUUGGAUCGGGGUUUGCAACACGCAAGCGCAGUCUAUUGGGCUAAACAGAGACCCUACCUCUGCUCCUAACAUGGACCCAAGCACCAAACGGCUGAGAACACGCCUUUGGUGGUGUCUCUAUUCGCGAGACCGCUUAAUAGCCAUGGGACUACGGCGCCCGACUCAACUUAACGAGGGGACGAGUAAUGUCCCGUUGUUGAAAUUAGAUGACUUUGAUUUCGAGACAUACCAUCCAUCUGUCACUGCGAUGUUUCAUUGUCGCCAGCUGGAGGAUGUUUCCCAUCAGAAACGCCUGGCUACUAUGUUCAUCGAAAAGGCUAGGCUCUGCCAGUGCAUUGGCAGAGUGCUUUUUGCUCAAUAUGCCCCUUCCCAAUGCCAGUUUGGGACAACUACCAGGACAACAAUCACUUUGGUUCCGAGACUGGCAUCCGAGUCCGAGCUGGCGCGGUGUAGCCAGAAACUCGAGUCCUGGCUAAACGGGCUCCCCAAGGAUGCUCAAUUCAUCCCAGAGUCCAGGAACAAUAUUAGAGAGGGCGAAGAUGUCCUACUACUCCAUAGUGCUAUGUUGAAGAUGCUACAUCACGCUACUAUCAGCGCGCUAUAUCGGCCAUGGGCCACGAACUUCCAGAAGGAUCAGUCGAAGGCACGUCAAGAGCUGAUGAAUACUGCACGCGCAAAGAUGCACAACUCAGCUCUAGGCAUCACGCACAUCGUCCAAGGCCUGAAUCAACUAGACCUUACCCGGUUUCUUCCCCAAUCAGGCGUGACUGUCAUCCUGCCCGCUGCCGUUGCACACCUGACGAAUUCCAAGUCAGAUAACCCAACAGUCCGCGAGACAAGCCUCUAUAACUUCCAGAGAUGUGUCCAAGUAUUGCAGGGCUUGAAGGAUAUAUAUCCAGCAGCAGAUAUGGAAGUAGCUAAUAUCGAGGCUGCUGUGAAGGUGCAAUCCGAUAACGCCAAUACCUUCCUUCGCAUCAUGCAGUACAGUUCCAGUAACUCUGACUCUGGGCAAAAGAGUGAUUCACUCGAAGAGAAUCCGGAGAAUCCGCCAAACAAGGAGACCGGAGCCCAGCAACAAACUCAACAGCACAGAAAACAAAGCACCGUCUCCGACCUCCAAUCCACAACAGCAACAGCAACCAAACCCUCCCCCUCACCAACAGCACCAACCCCAACCCCCUCCCAAAAAGACCACAAUAACUCAUACACCGACUUCAACGACAACCUCGACCACCUAAACCUCAACACCCCACCUACAAACUUCCUCUCCUUCGACCUCCCAAACCCACCCUUCGACUUCGCCACACCCGCAGAUCUAGAACAGAAUGUUUCUCCCACCGAUGCCGAACCAUAUGGAAUUGACUGGACACAAGAGCUUUUAGCCGGGGGCAUUGAUUCGGACUAUGGUGGGCCGGGGUUUGAGAAUGAGCGCAGAGAUGCGUGGCCGUUUUCGCCGGAGAAUGGGAGUAAUGGGAUAGGGUCGGGGUCGGGGCAUGCGCAUAUGACACCGGGGGAUAUUACGGGGGAUUUGGAUAGGGAUUUGGGGUUGUAG